CUUCCCCCCGCAGGGAGGUGUUCAAAGCCAAGCACCGGCAGACGGGCAAGAAGGUGGCGCUGAAGAAGGUGCUGAUGGAGAACGAGAAGGAGGGGUUUCCUAUCACAGCCCUGCGAGAGAUUAAAAUCCUUCAGCUGCUCAAGCAUGAGAACGUGGUGAACCUUAUAGAGAUCUGCAGGACCAAAGCCUCCCCAUACAACCGCUGCAAGGGCAGCAUCUACUUGGUGUUUGACUUCUGUGAGCACGACCUCGCCGGCCUGCUCAGCAAUGCGCAUGUGAAGUUCACGCUGUCAGAGAUCAAGAAGGUGAUGCAGAUGCUGCUGAAUGGACUCUACUACAUCCACAGGAAUAAGAUCUUGCACCGGGAUAUGAAAGCCGCAAACGUCCUGAUUACCCGAGAUGGAGUCCUGAAGCUGGCAGACUUUGGACUGGCUCGAGCCUUCAGCCUAGCCAAAAACAGUCAGCCCAACCGCUACACCAACCGGGUAGUGACGCUGUGGUAUCGCCCACCAGAGCUGCUUUUAGGGGAGCGGGAUUACGGACCCCCCAUUGAUCUCUGGGGCGGGGGCUGCAUCAUGGCAGAGAUGUGGACUCGCAGCCCCAUCAUGCAGGGGAACACAGAGCAACACCAGCUCACGCUUAUCAGCCAGCUCUGCGGCUCCAUCACUCCAGAGGUUUGGCCAAAUGUGGAUAAGUACGAGCUGUACCAGAAGCUGGACCUGCCCAAGGGCCAAAAACGCAAAGUGAAAGAUCGCCUGAAAGCCUAUGUCAAAGACCCUUAUGCUCUGGAUCUUAUAGACAAACUACUCGUUCUGGACCCUGCCCAAAGAAUAGAUAGCGACGAUGCACUGAAUCAUGACUUCUUCUGGUCAGACCCGAUGCCCUCUGAUCUCAAGAACAUGCUGUCCACUCAUAACCAAUCAAUGUUUGAGUACCUGGCACCACCCAGGAGAAGAGGUGGACACAUGCCACAGCAACCAGCUAAUCAGGGCAGAAAUCCAGCUGCAACCAAUCAGACAGAGUUUGAUAGAGUGUUUUGACUGCUGGUAACCACCCCCCACAAGUAUGUGGGGAGUCGACUGACUUUUCCUUAAAGUGACUCCUUGAGUUGGAGGUGAAAUGCCCUUUAAUGUUAGUUGAAUUCUGCAGUUUCUCCUCCUUGUAGCAGCAGCUGUCAUGGAAAGGAGUUGCAGCCUGUCCAAGUUGUUGGGCAGGACAAGUUCUUUUUUAUGGGACAGUUGUGUGUGUGUAUAAAGGAAGGGGCUGUAAUCCUAAAUGUCUCUAGGAAGCAGUCUCCAAGAAGCCUGGGAUUGCCCUUCUAAGCCUGGCUGAUGGAGAGUGCCUGCCUUUUCCCUGAGAAGUGACAUUUAUACUAAUGGAUCACUUCUGCUAGGGAACUGGUGUCAUAGGCUCUGUUCACUGCCCAGGCUCUGAGGCACUGUGGCAGGAGAUGAUGGCAUGACUGACUGACUGUUUUGGGAGCCAGUGCUGCUGAGUGGAUUGGGCCAUAGAUCCCUUCUGGGCCUGUAGGUCCCACUUGUCUGUCCUUCUCCAGGGAGCUUCACAUGCUGUAUGAAGGGCAUGUGCAGCAUUGCCAAGUGCCUCUGAGCUAAGUGGAUGUGUUCCUUUAUAUAGAUCUGAAGAGGUUGGCAUGAACAGAGCUACUCCAAACCACGGAACUGCUAGGAUCCUGGCUCAGCAAACCCUUCUAGUCCCAGUGAGGUCAAAGUGAGCAAGCAAUCACAGAGUAGAUGAGGAUGCCAGUCCCUGUAACUGGGAGGAUAUGGUGGAGUCACUGGUUCAGCUAAAGCUCAUCAUACUUUUUUUCCAGAAUACUUCCAUUUUGGGUUGUAAACUGCAAUUAAAGUUCCUUUUUGUAGA